CGUCAUCUCCUCCUUUUCUCCCUCUCUUUCUACUCUGUCUUCUUGCGUCUCUCAUUGUCUUCAUCUUUCUUUUGCGAGGUAAACAAAAGUGAUGAAGAUGCUCUUGAUUCUGAUAAGAGACUUCGAUUCGUGUGUGUGGCCUCAACUAUCGUUCUAAUCAAGUUAAAUUGUUAAUUUCGACAACGGGUAAAGAUCAAAUUGAGAUUGUAUCUUGUUUUUUACUCUCUCUCUCUCUCACUUUCGCAUUUCAUUUUUUAUGCUCAUUCUGACCAUCGGUCAUCAGUUAAUCAUAUUUUCAAAAAGUGUUUGUUUCCAGUUUUUGUUCAUAUUAAUUGUUUGUUCAUAUUAACCAUUUCUGGAUUAAUUUCUGAUUCGCCAUCUAAAUCACCAUGUUAAUUGCUCUCCCCUAAUUGGGUUUUCAUAUUGAUUUAUCAAGUGCUGGACAAUACAUCUCAUCGUUUUCAUAAUCAUUUGAACAAUUUACCUGAUGAUAACUUGAUUAACAGGCAAAGAAUCAAUUGUGAGGAGGAAUCUGAUCAAGUCAUGAUUAGCCGGAAAAAAAUAUUAUCUAAAUCAUGUGAUAAAUUAAUUAAUGAUUGUAAACAUUAUAAUGAUCAAGAGAUUUGGUUUAACAAGGAUAAAUUGUUUAAGGAUCAUCUGGGGGAGAUUCUGGAUAAAUGGGAUCAAAUUGACGACGACAUUUGGGCGAAGGUCAUUUUUAUGGAAAAGAAUCGUCGUGUUGCCAAGGCUUAUGUGAGAGCUCAAGUGAUCACUUUCAAUGGAUCUGAACGAGGAUUUGAUGGUCAUCUUGUUGGAUUAAGUGGAUUUGUUAAUUCCAAGAGAGAUGAGAGAACGACCAAAGUACUGGAAGGAUUAGGUGAGGGAAUCAAAAUGAAAAUAGAUGAAUCCGGUGAUAUAUUAAUCAAAAGGUUAACUCGGAGUAACAUUAAAGUUUCUGGUGGUUCAAGUGAUUAUAAUUGUCUUGGUGGUGACCUGAUUGAAACUAAUGGUCGAGUUGAGAUGGACAAAGCAAUGACCCUAUUCCAGAUGAGAAAGUUAAUUACCACAAUUGGUUCGGAGAUGAAAUCAACUUAUCCUAAUCAAAAGAAACUGGAAGCUCAAUGUAUAACCUGUGUUUCCAUUGACAUUGAAUCAGAAAAUUUACUUGAGACACCCUGUUGGAUGAUGGUGAUUAAUAUCGUCGCUAUGGAAGUUAUCAAAUAUAAGUUACCCUGUUUCAUGAUGAGAAAUCAAAAGAUACCUGAUUUUGUGGCCAUUUUUGAUCAACAACAACAACAACAACAACAACAGCAAAUACAAUUACAGCAUCAACAACAAUUAUUGCAAUUACAGCAACAGCAACAACAAAAACAACAACAAUCAGUAACAACUAGUAAUAGCAACAAGAAUAAUCAAUUGAUGAUAAAUUGUUCCAACUCUAAUCAAGUGAUUAUUAGUAAAAAUAAUCUUAAGAAUCAUGUUAAUAGUAACAAUUCAAUUAACAGUAAUUCCAAUGGUAAUAAUAAUAGCAAUGUUAAUUGCUGUACCAAAGUUGAUCAAUGUAAAGUUGUAUCGGUGCCAAUGGUUACAUCGGAAUCAGUUAAUCAAGUUAAUCUGAAAACCAAUGUUACUAAUAAUAAUCAGAACGUUAAAAGAAAAUCAGAAACUCGUCGUGAGUCUCAUGAAUCUUCACCAUCUCCACCUUAUAAGGAAAACAAAGAGUGUCAUCAUCAUCAUCAUCAUCAUCAUCAUCGAAAUCACCACAAUUUUCAACAAGAUGAACAUAUUAAUCAACAGCAAAUCAAUCAAGCAAUCAAGCAAAUGAAAUCAAACGGUAAAUCUGGAAAAGAUCGGGCCGAAGUGAAGGAAGUUAUUGAUAACCAUUCCAAGUCAACAAUUAACAGUCCAUCUAGUGAUUCUGAUGGGUCAAUCAUUCAGGAUAUAACCACUAAUUGUAAAAAUACAAAUAAUAACAAUCAACCAACUAAUGGACAUCGGGUUGAAGAAUCAGUAAAAAUUGAAAUACCGAUGCCUGAUUACGAUAAAUUUGAAACCAAUGGAAAUCAAAUUAGCAGAGAAAAUGAAGCGUUUCUCCGAAGUCAAAGUGAAAAGAUUACAGAUGAUCUUUUACUGAACAGUUUACCCAAACUCGAGGAAACUUGUUUGUACCAAUUAAAUGGCUGUUUAAAUGGUCAUCAUAAAUCAACGGGCUAUUUAAACAGUGCGAUGAGGCGAUUACCAGUUAACAGUAGAUUAUCAUCUUGUUCAUCGUCCUCAGAUUCAUCACAAUCAUCAGGUUCAGAGCCAUCUUAUUAUCACAUUUACAGCAGCAUCGGAGAUGGAAUCAAAAUAACUAAUUGCUUACCUACUAAUCAUCUUCAUGCCUGUGACAAAAUAAUCAGAUACUAUGUUGGUAAUUGGGAAUAAUUCAAUCAGAACUUCAUCUUCAUCAUCAAAAUGAAUCAAAUUAUCUUCUCCUUGAUUAUAUUACUAUUUUGUCAUGUUAUUUUUUUUCAUGUUUUUUUUUGUCAAUAUCAUUUGUUUUAUCCAGUCCAACUUUUUUCAAGUAAUUUUUUACAAUUGAAUGCUGGCAAUCGAGAAGAAACAAUUAUAGAAUCCAAAUAAAUAUUAUUGACUUAUUGUCAAAUCGACAAUAUUUUGAGUUUUUAAAAAUUGAAAUAUUCAAGAAAACUUAAAUCAUCGCUGAAGAAGCUAAUUUAUAUUUCACAGAGAAAUCAAAAACGAAAUUGAAAUAGUAUCGGCUUUAUCCCUUUUCUCUGUGAUUAGUUGAUUGUUCUUGUUUAACACCACACACAAUAGAAACUGGUAGUAUAUUGAUUGGUAGAAAAGUGAAAUAUUGGUUGGGAUAAGUCCAGAAACUGAUGUAAUCUGAUGAUCGACACUUUCAUUUAUAUGAAUACUUCAGGGUUUAUUCAACAUUAUUCCUGGGAAUUAAG